CCUUGUUGGUUCUAGCGGAUGAAGACAUUGAUAGAAUGUUGAAAACAAUCAUCAUCUUCUGUUUGACUAGAUUGUUUUUUUCAGCUGCAGAUGAAGAGAUUGAGAGAAUGUUGAAAACAAUCAUCAUCUUCAGUUUUACAAGUUUGUAUUAUUCAGCUGGCGAACCAUCUGUUUCCCUUGGUUUGAUUGGUGAUAUGAGAAACGUCACAGUAAUAGAAAAAACAAAGACAUCGCAGAUGGAUACAAUACUGAUAAUUUUUGGAACAGUAAUUGGGAUUCUACAUGUUAUAGCAGUAAUAGUUGUUAUACUUACAAAUAGGAAACAGGAUCAUACUAGUCAAUCUUAUUAUGAAGAACGGGACAUGAGAACAGACGAAAAUCAUAGAUACGGGAAUACACGUGAUCACUAUGUAUACUACAAUUCACAAGAAGAAGUCAACAUAGAUGCCACAAAUACUGGAUAUGACUAUUGUACGACAAAAGGAAUGCUGGAGAGAUAUGAUGUCUCUGAACUGAAAAACAAUUUAAAGAAGAAGGACCUUCUUCAACCAAGAUUGAUUGCUGAAUUUCAGAUGCUGGCUUCACCUACUCAAGAAUACGAUUAUAUAGAAAGCGAUAUCCAAAGAGGUUUUGAAAGACCAGAUGAUAAUAGAAUCAUAACCAUUCAGAAUGGGGAAAAUAGUUUGAUGAUUUCUGACAUAUCUAACCUCCACAACAUUGAAAACUUCUGGAAUAUGAUAUAUGAAAGGAAGAUUCAGAAUAUAAUUGUUCUUGCAAAGAAAGGAGAAAUGAUACCAGAAUUGUCUCCGACAUUAGACGAAAGCAUAGAAAUAGAUUACUUGGUGAUAGAUAUGGAAUCUGCUGAGAAAAUACAUCACAAUAUACAACUGCUUACAUUCAAGUUAUACAACAAGAAAAGGAGGUCAUCUAUCCAGAUUGAAAUAUUUAAAAGUUGUAACUCAAAAUAUACAGAUAAGUAUCCCGCUGUUGAUGAACUAAGUUGUCUGGUUGAUAAAGUGAGUGACAGAAAAGGGAACGUUCUUUUACUUGGCAGCAAAUCCUUCGGGUUGCGGUUCACUGGAGUUCUCUACGUUUGCUUAGAUGUAGUAAGGGCAAUGAAGAUGGAAGGCAUUUUCAAUAUGUUAGAAAGUGCAAUAACUGCCAAACACAACAUCACCAAUGUCUUUCGGGAUUUUGAUGAAUAUGAAAUGUGUUACACAGUGAUAGAAUACUAUCUGGAACACUAUCUACACAAUGUUGAUACGUACGAGCAUAUCGACUGACGAUGAACUACAAAACAUCUCAAAACAACUCUUGAAUAGCGAAACAUGUAGAUUAUUCAGGAUGGUAUUUGUAUUUAGCAUAAUGGAACAGUUUAGUAUAAGUUAUUUACCAGAUAGUGAGUUUUCUUUUAUAUAAUACAUGCAAACUGUUUUUAAAUUAUAAUUAUUAAUAUUGUUCUUUGGUUUUUUUUUAAUUAUUGUAUUUUUCUGCUUCUUAAUGGAUUGUUGUUUGUCUCAUAUCAGUUUUCCACUGGCAAACAUUCAUUUUGACGUAAAAGUGUCUUUGUUGCUCUCAUUUCGUUCACGAAGCUAAAGGAAAACAAGCGGUCGAUGACGCUAACAAGAAAAAUAAUAUGUUUACAGUUCAUAAACAUGUUUUAGUAUUUUAUUAAAAAUUAAAAAAACCUGCCAAAAUAGCUUCUUUUUGAGAUCUGUCAAAAAUAUUAAGAUAUAAGCUAAAGCCUUACUCAAUUAAAUAGAUGUUUUGAUAUAAAAUGUAUCAUA